GUAAAGUAAAACCAUUUACAACUAGACAAAGACAUCAAUCAUGUCAGAUUUCUACUAAUUCUUUUAUUAAUCAAAUUAAUUAUUUAAUUCAAAAACCACUUAUUUUACACCACUAUAAGUAGCCCUCUAAUUUAUCAAUCUUCUCACACUCACACUCACACACACUACCAAAUACAUCUUCUUUCCCAGUUUCAUCACCACAUUUAUUAUUUUCAUCAGUUACAUAUCCCUUCAAUCGCAAUGGCCACAUCUCAGGUUGCGUCAGCUCCAACGCCACUAACGGAGACUGUUAAAACUGAGGAGGUGAAGACCGUUGUAGAGGCCUCAAAAAAAGAAGAGGUGGCUGCAACACCAGCCCCCGAGGUGGUGACCGAGGAAGUAACCAAAGAAGAGGUGGCAGCACCACCAGCUGCCCCCGAGGUGGUGCCCGAGGAACAAGUGAAAGCAACCGAAGAAGAGGUGACAUCAACCGAGGUUGUGACCAAAGAACAAAAGAAAGCAACCGAAGAAGAGGUGGCGGCACCUGUUGCUCCUGUAGCCGAGACUAAGGAGGUUACAGUAGAAGAGACCGUGGCGGAAGAUAAAACCAAAGAAGUUACACCAAAAGAGCCGGUGGAAGAAAAAAUAGAAGCUGAAGCUCCAAAGGAGGUUGUUGUUGAGGAGACUAAGGAAGAAGCUCCCAAAUGCACUGAUGCACCGGCAACUGAGGAGGAGAAACCAGCCGAAGCUGUGGCGCCGGCUGCGAAAGAGGAGUGAGGGUUUCGCGGUAUCCAGCAUGUUCAAAGUUUGUUUUCUAUUGUUUCUUUCAGUUUGUUAUUUUAGUAUUAUGUAUUGGGGUUUCAAAGCAGAAAUAAUAUUAGCUUGUUGAGUCCAAAAAGCACUAUGUUAUGAUGCAUAAUUAAAUGUUUACCUGAGUAUGGCUUUCUGAUGGAAUAUUGAACCGUAAAUUAUUUUACUUAA